GGUCCUGGAACACUUCAAUACCACUUCUGAAGACUACAGCAUCAUUUUUACCUCAGGGAGCACAGCUGCACUCAAAUUGGUAGCAGAGGCCUUCCCAUGGAGACCAGCAAGCUCAGAGGAUGGGGGGAGCAGGUUUUGUUAUCUGACGGACAGCCAUACGUCAGUGGUGGGCAUCAGGAAGAUAGCCGAGGCAAUGCAAGUGUCAUCGAUCGCCGUGAAACCAGAGGACAUUUUGUUGUCAGAGGAAAGCAAUGGAGCAGUUUAUGAACCAGCCUGCAAGACCCCUCAUCUCUUUUGUUACCCAGCUCAGAGUAAUUUUUCAGGAACUAGGUACCCCCUUUCUUGGAUAGAAAUGCUGAAGUCUGGACGUUUGAGCCCCAUGACCACUCCAGGGGAAUGGUUUGUGUUGCUCGAUGCCGCGGCCUAUGUCAGCACCUCUCCUUUAGACCUGACAGCCCACUCGGCAGAUUUUAUCCCCAUUUCAUUUUACAAAAUCUUUGGAUUCCCCACUGGCUUAGGAGCACUGUUGGUAAACAAUCGAGUUACUCACUUCCUCCGGAAAACUUACUUUGGUGGAGGAACAGCUGCUGCCUACCUUGCUGGAGAAGAUUUCUAUGUCCCCAGAAAAUCUGUAUCUGAAAGGUUCGAAGAUGGUACAAUUUCUUUCCUUGACAUCAUAGCAUUGAAACAUGGAUUUGAUGUUCUAGAAAGACUGACAGGUGGAAUGGAAAACAUAAAACAACAUACUUUCGCCUUGGCUCACUACACCUACACAGUGCUGGUUGCUCUCCAAUACCCAAAUGGAGCACCUGUGAUUCAGAUUUACAGUGAUACAGAGUUCAACAGUCCCGAGACCCAGGGUCCAAUCAUUAACUUUAAUGUGUUAGAUGACAAUGGAGACAUCAUUGGUUAUUCCCAGAUAGAAAAGAUGGCCAGCCUUCACAAUAUACACGUUCGGACUGGAUGUUUCUGUAACAUAGGGGCAUGCCAGAGGCACCUGAAGAUUAGCAAUGAGACCAUCAAAAAGAACCUUCACGCUGGCCAUAUCUGUGGGGAUGACGUAGAUCUCAUCGAUGGUUACCCUACAGGGUCAGUGAGAAUAUCAUUUGGCUACAUGUCCACUUUUGAAGAUGCACAAACCUUUCUGAAGUUCAUCAUAGCAACCAGGUUAGGCAAGGCAGACAGUAAACUUCCCUUUCAGAUAAUUCCUAGGGAAACUGCUGCCAUAUCAGUAGAACCUGUGGAACAAAAAGCAAGGGUCAAUGGGCAUGAAACUGGGAAACUGCCUCGGGAAGAUGCCCUCCUCCACGCUGAACUGAACAAUUCCUCUGCGACUCUGAAAGCCAUGGAUUUGCAUUCCCCUGAGACUGAGCCACAAGGUGGCCCACACAUCACUCCACUGACCUCUACAGGAGCGCUAGAUGGAGGGCUCCCACCGCUCACCAUCACCAAUAUCUAUAUUUACCCCAUCAAAUCCUGUGCUGCCUUGGAGGUUACCAAAUGGCCAGUUGGAAGCCAAGGAUUGUUAUAUGACCGAAACUGGAUGGUUGUGAAUCACAAUGGAAUUUGCCUCAGUCAGAAGCAGGAGCCUCGUCUCUGUUUAAUUAAACCCUCAAUUGACCUGCAGCGAAAGACUCUGGUCAUCAUAGCUGAAGGGAUGGAACCUAUAGAUGUGCCUCUAGAUGAAAAUAGUGGGGAAGAGCAACAGAUUUGUCAGAGCAAAGUCUGUGCAGACAGGGUAAAUACGUAUGAUUGUGGGGAAAAAAUUUCAGACUGGUUGUCAAAAUUUUUUGGUCGUCAUUGUCGUUUGAUCAAACAGAGUUCAAAUUUCAAAAGAAGUGCAAAUAAGGAACAUAGAAAAGAUCCAUCUCAUGCCACAACAGCUUCCCUUUCUUUGGUAAAUGAAGCACAGUAUCUCCUGAUAAAUAGAGCUAGUGUUUUGGAGCUUCAUCAGCUGUUAAAUGCAAGUGAUGAAAAUGGAACAGAAGAAUUAUUGCCAAUGAGAGAGCUAAUUCAACGUUUCCGUGCCAACAUAGUUAUCAAUGGAACUAAGGCUUUUGAAGAAGAGAAAUGGGAUGAGAUUUCCAUUGGCUCCCUACGUUUUCUGGUGUUAGGAUCUUGUCACAGGUGCCAAAUGAUUUGCAUUGAUCAACAAACUGGACAAAGAAACCAAGAUGUAUUCCAAACGCUUUCUUCUAUUCGAGAGAGGAAGGUUAACUUUGGGGUGUACCUGAUGCAUGAGCCUUCAGAUUCAUCUUCGACAUGUUUCCUCUCAGUGGGAUCACAGUUGCUUCCUGUAUUAAAAGAUACAGAAAACGACUCUUUACCAAGCUCUCGAGGAGCAGAUUGACUUUAAGAUGAUAAUAUCCAGGGCCACAUUUACAGGCACAAAUUGAAUAUUUCCCAGCUGACUCCAUGAUCUUCAUUACAAUUUGCAAAUCACCCGCAAAAACAUACUGUCAACUCAGUUCUUCAAGAAGUGCUCUUAUGAGUAAAAUGGGCUAUUCUCCUCCUACCAAGAAUAGGAACUUGAGAGAGUGUUUCCCCUUUUUCCUGUCCUGAAUGAUACCCCAAUGAUAUCCAGAAUGGAUUUAUACUGGUAGAGAUAUACUGGUAGAUAUAGGGGAAUGAGAUGGAGAAGAAAAUUAGGUUAAAUAUCCCAGCUAAUUUGAGAUUAUUCAAAACAGCCACUUGUUCAAAUGCAAAUAUGUAUUUCACUGUAUAAUAUUUUGAAGCAAGCAGAAGCUUAUUAAAAUACUUGGGAAAGGGGCAGCUAGGUGGCGCAGUCAGUAGAGCACCGGCCCUGGAGUCAGGAGGACCUGAGUUCAAAUCCG